ACCAUCGUGAACCAUGAGAUGCUGGUAGCUUAAGGGGUUCGUAGCUCCAGUCAAUGUCGAUCAAGGUUAAUGCCCUACCUCUGUCGUCACGCAUCAAAGCUGCGCUGAUUGAAGCCAAAUAUGUCUACGUCGAUGAACUGGCAGACCUAAGCUCCGAAGAUCUCUGUAGUGAGCUCGGCCUCACCAGAGUCGAGGUCCAGCAGCUUCAGCGAAUCGCUGCUGGCGAAGAGGAUGAUCCGGAUCUUAUCGUCACCGCGCCCAGCAAAGCCACUGCUUCGACUGCUACCGCUCUCUUGAAUGAUCAAAGGCUCUCUACCUUCAACACUGGCUGCGAAGUGAUCGAUGAUCUGAUAUAUCGGACGUGGAGCCGGUCGUCGGAACUAUCCCGAGGAAAUACGACGGUGAUUGGCAAUUCUCAGAGGGAUCAAGGAGGGAGCAUUGUCCCCGGAAUGACUCUAGAGGUCAGUGGUCCUCCAGGUGGCGGAAAGACUGCGCUGGUCUGCGGGAUCAUCAUUUCGGCCUUGAGUAUUGCGCCAGAUGAGGAGGCCGAGUCAGCUGGGCAGAUCCUGGUCGUCGAUACUGAAGGUGGCUUUACGCCGGAGCGGAUCCUCAACGCUUGGCAAACUGACAGUCGGUCUCGCAGCACAGAUAAUAUUCGAGAGGUUCUGAGCCGCGUCCACCUGGUCCGCGUCAUCACUCAACUCCAGAUGAUAGCUUUCAUUAAUUCGCUGGACUCGUGGCUCGAGAACCACCCACACGUCAAUCUCGUCAUUAUUGAUUCUCUAAGCUAUCAUUUCCGCCAGCCUAAUCUGGACUCAAAGUCGCGGAACAGAAUUCUAGAAAUAAUCAAAGCUCAGAUUGCGAAAGCGACUACCCUCAGGCGAUGUGCUGUCAUCGUCACCAAUCAGUUAGCCACAAAGCUAUUGACGACAGACAAUAAGCCUGCAAACUUUGAUACAGGCGAUCGGGCGAUCUUGAUGCCGCAGCUGGGAGAUGCAUGGUUGGGAGGUAAAACUGUCAGAAUGGUGCUCUUUCGUGGAGGAGCUGGGGAUGAACAACGCUACGCGCAUGCGACACUUUCGCAGUCUGCUGAGGGCGGCUGCCCCUGGGUCAAGUUUGACAUUGAUCCGCAGGGGACACUGUGCGACCCGCCAUAGCUUAGGACAAUCGACCGUCACCUUUUUGUUCAGAACUCCCACAAGUAUAAAUGCAUCUCUUUCGAUCUAU